AUGUCGUCGCUGCUGAAGCAACGGAUAUCCUCGCCUCUGGAGGCUGGGACAUCCAUCCUGGACUCGCAGAACCUGCCACCACAUCUCACGCAGGCCCUCGAGUACGCCUCCAAGAGGCUGUCUCGGAAGGCACUGCACAUCACCCUCGUGGUGAUCCGCAAAGAAUACCAGAUUCCGUCCUCCACAGUGCCUAGUGCAACCCCAACAUCGGCCGUCUCCUCUUCGCCAGCAUCCCCUGGCUUCGGGGUGGCGUCCUCGGGCCCUCUGUCGCCUUCGCGCUUCACAUCGCCUGUAGCUGGGCUCAGGCAACUCGUCCGCCGGGGCACCGGCAGUUCCAUCGCCUCCACAUCCUCCAGCGUCUCUGAGGCAUCUUCCAUCCGCAGCGCUGGAGCCUCGCCCACCUUCUCACCUCCACCUUCGGAAGGGUUCAGCAGCCCCCGGCGCUGGCCCAUGACACCCUGCACGCCGAUGACGCCGCACACACCUUCUUCGACCACGACCAGCACAUCGACCUCGUCCAGUGCUUCCUCAGCCCUCGGACCCAACCCCUUCGGGAUCCACCUCCUUUACACACACGCUCUGGACGCCCGAGCUGAGAAGACUCUGCGCCACACUAUCGCCAAGGCCGAACGCAAGUUCCAGACGGGGACAGGGUUCCUGCCUGCAGCCGCGUCGACAGCCUCGGCUGCCGGGCUUAGCGGAGACUUGGUCAGGCGCUCACUCCAGCAAAACGAAGUGCUCUUCAGUGGUGAGGGCCUGACCCUGCUAGGCCUCGACCGGCUCUACACAUUCAAGUCGGCACUGGCAGCGUAUGCCCGCACCACACUACCCCCGGGAAGCCUAAACUCUCCUGUGGGUGAGGGGGAGCGAGCCGCCAGGAUCGAGGAUGCGGUCGAUGAGCUCCGGCGGCUGGUCUUGUCAAGGGGCGGGAAACUCCUGGAGAGGCGAGAGCUGUACCGCUGGUAUGGCUGGAUCGGUGUCAGUGCCGGUGCUCUAGGCGACGUCGAGAAGAUGUAUCGAAGAGCAUACGGGGGCGUAGACCGUAUUGGGGCGUUCGAGGAUUACACACCUGUCGCGAGUCCCGUGCCUGCCGCUUCGAGUAAUGAGACGAAGGCGAGCGAGAAAUCAGACAAGAAACAGGACGACUGGCCGCUGAAAGAAACUACCGUGGAGGCCCCGAGGAGCAUUUCAGCAGGGAUUAUCAAGAUCGGCACACCACCAGGAUCCAAGGGUCCAGCGCUGAAGCUGCAAACCACGUUUGCGAAGCCGGUGGCUCAGAGGCCCGUAAUCAAAGAGCCUGUGCAGAAACCGCUAGGCGAAGUCAUGGAGCUCGAGAUCAAGAUCGAGGAGCUCGAGGCCAACGAAGAAGACGACGACCUGACAGCCAAACCUGCACUUCCGGGCAUGUCGUUCUGGAACGGACUUGGCGCAUCCAUCGAUGGGAUGAUGCUGAACGGCCACGACCACCAGCAAGAAGUCAUCUCGCCCGUGAUCGAAAGGAUCUCGCGGACCAGCCGGAUGGGGCCGGUCACCCCUAACGGCUAUGAUGACAUUUCACCUGUCACGAGAGGUGAAUGGGGCUUUCUGUUCUCGGGUGACGGAUGGAAAAGGGGCAAGACAGCCGCGGUGGAGACAUGCUGA